AUGGGGGACGUCCGCGAAGCCAUCCUGGAGGCACUGGAGAACCUGACCCCCGAGGAGCUCAAGAAGUUCAAGCAGAAGCUGCUCUGGGUGCAGCUGCCCGAAGGCUGCGGGCGCCUCCCGCGGGGCACCCUGCAGUCCAUGGACGCGCUCGACCUCACCGACAAGCUGGUGUGCUUCUACCUGGAGGACCCCGCCGCCCAGCUCACGGCCACCGUGCUGCGCGACAUGGGCAUGCAGCAGACGGCCGAGCGGCUGCAGCGGACCCUGCGCCGGGGCCCUGGAGCCCAGCCAGCUGCCCCAGCGGACUGGGGGCAAUUGCGCAGCCCAGGUGGCCCCUGCGGGGCGGGCGAGCUCACGCGCGCGCUCUCCUCCCUGGCCCCCGCAGGCCCGCACUUUGUGGAUCGGCACCGGGCAGCCCUCAUCUCGCGGGUCACGGCCGUGGGCCCAGUGCUGGAUGCCUUGUACGCCCACGCGCUGACGGACGAGCAAUACGAGGAGGUGCGGGCAGAGGCCACCAAUCCCGCCAGGAUGAGGAAGCUUUUCAGUUUUGCUCCUGCCUGGAACCUGACCUGCAAGGACCGGCUCCUCCAGGCCCUGAGGGACACCCAGCCCUACCUGGUGGAGGAGCUGGAGAGGAGCUGAGGUGUCUGUCCUCCCCAGGAGCACCCUACCUCCACCCCAGCCCCUGGCCAUUCCAGAUCGCUGAGUCUGUAGACAUAAUAUACGGAAAACCAGCUGAC